AUGGUGGCAGAUGAUUCAGACCCGGAAGAUGCCAUCACCCAGGACGAGAUCAAAGGGACCUCUCCCGCGCCGGACGCGCCACGGAAUGCUUUCACGGAGCUCAUGACCCGAAAGCGCAAGCCCGAAACAGGCUCCGGGCCAUCCAAGCCCUCCCGCAACAAGCCCUUCCGGACCCGUGACGGCCUCGGCGCCUAUAUUGAGGACCCAUUAUCUUUUCCUGCCUCGCGCGUGAUAUACCAUAACGACGAUUUCGUCGCGAUCAACGACCUCUACCCCAAAGCCAGCGUCCAUACGCUGCUGCUGCCUCGAUCCCCCAAACACAGCCUCCUCCACCCGUUCGAGGCGUUCGAGAACGCCGAGUUCCUAGUGUCGGUGCAGAAGGAGGUUCUAAGGCUCAAGGACCUUGUGGCAAAAGAGCUGCAGCGAAGGUUCGGCAAGGGAAGCAAGGCCGAGGAGGCACGGGAGGCCGUGCUGGACGGGCGCGUUGAGCCGGAGAGCGGAGCGCUGCCCCAGGGCCGGGACUGGCACGCCGAAAUCAUCACGGGAAUUCAUGCACACCCCAGCAUGAACCACCUGCAUAUUCACGUCCUCUCGCGGGACAUGUACUCGGGGUGCAUGAAGCAUCGCAAACACUAUAACUCCUUCAACACCCCGUUCCUCAUCGAUGUCGCCGACUUCCCCCUCGCGGCGGAUGACCCUCGCCGCCACCCUGGCCACGAAGGGUACCUUAUGAAGAGCAGUCUUAUUUGCUGGAGGUGCGGCGAGAACUUUGGGAACCAGUUUGCGAGGCUCAAAGAACACUUGGCGGUUGAGUUUGCCGAGUGGGAAAGGGAAUAG